AUGAGUAGUGAUCAAAGAAAACAACGGGCGGAGAAUAUCCCGUAUAAAGAUUUACCAGAAGAGAAAAAGGAAGAACUCCGUAGAAAACGAAGAGAAAUAUAUGCUAAAAAAAAGGCAUCUAGCAGCGAUUCCCUCCAAUUAAAAGAUUCAACUUUGUUUGAUGGUGUUCAGCUGACUAUAUCAAUUGAUGAACGUUCAAAUGAUGAUGUCCAACAUAUAAACAUCAUUCAAGACUUUACUGUUCUACAAAAGGUGUCAAAGAGACAACGGAUUUUCCAUUCUGAUAUUGACAUCGGUGAACUGAUUUCAUCUCAUGAAGUAUGUGUUCCUCCUGGUGUAAAUCUUUGUGUGGUUGAUUCAGAGGCAACUUCAUCAUUAAACAAUGUGACAGAUCGUUCAAAUUGUCCGAGUCAUUCUAUGGAUUUUCUGACACGUAAAUCAGGAAAUAUAUACAUAGAUGAAACAACCGUCUCUAAUCAGUUUCUGAUUCAACAGGCUCCAUGUGUUGUUCAGGAACAGUCAAGUUUUGAAACAAGUAUAUCGCCACCUUGUAGGGGUGAGGGGCAUCGCCGCUCUGUUGGACUUAGGCAAUUAUUACAAGUCGUGCCAUCUGAAACAUAUUCUUUGCCGUAUGUGCCUUGUUGCAGACAUUGUAAAGCAAAGCGAUUCUAUCAUGAAACAAACGGAUUUUGUUGUGCUGAUGGGACAAUUUCUUUGGCCACAAAUGCUGUCCCUGAUCAACUUUAUGAUCUUUUCACCUCUAACACAGAUGAAUCUGUGCAUUUUAAGACCUAUGUUCGGACUUAUAAUAACAAGUUCGCGUUUACAUCCUUUGGAGUUAAAUUCGAUGAAGAUCUUUGCAGACGGAAUAGAGGAAUUUAUACCUUUCGAGCUCAGGGACAGAUCUAUCACUAUAUCAAUGAUUUAAUCCCUUUAAAUGGUCGUCCUUCUUAUCUUCAAUUGUAUUUCUAUGAUACGGAGCAUGAAUUAGAAAAUCGCAUUUCUGAUUCAGACAGAAUGAAUCCAUCAAUUAUAGCUCAACUCAUCGAUAUUCUUCACAUCAAUCCAUAUUCUCUGUUCUUUCGAUCUCUUGGUGAUUUGUCAAAUUUGGAAAAUCAAGUAAUCCAUAUAAGAUCAGAUGUUGGUCUAGAUCAACGUGUAUUCAAUGUCCCGACAUCUUCACAAGUUGCAGCAAUAUGGGUUGAAAAUGAAGAUGCAGAUCAUCUAAGAGGACGAGACAUUUAUGUCUUUAGUCAUUCUGGUGGAAGUCAUAUAGUUCAAUAUUAUUUUGGCUGCUAUGAUCCACUUCAGUAUCCGUUGUUAUUUCCUCUUGGCGAUACUGGUUGGCACCAAGGCAUUCAAAGGGUCAAUAGAGGAAGCACAUUAACAAGUAACGAAACAACCCGAUCAAUAGAUCCUCACCGAUCAAUAUCAGCAGAAGAAUUACUUAGAAGAGAACAUCGAGCAUUGAACAGAAAAAAGAAGGAUCCAAUUGUUUCGUGUCGUGAAUAUUAUUACUACAAGUUACAAAUCAGAGAAAAUGUCAGAUCAAUUUUGUUACUGUCUGGUCGCCUAUUGCAACAAUUUGUUGUCGAUAUGUAUGUUAAGAUCGAGACGUCAAGAUUAGAUUAUUUCCGUAGCAAACAACAACAUAUUCGAUCUGAGUUAUAUCAAGGUAUUGUUGAUACCAUUACACUUGGGGAAACUGAUGCUUCUAAUGUUGGAAAACGGAUUAUUCUGCCUUCAUCAUUUAUUGGGGGUCCAAGAGAUAUGCGAAAAAGAUAUAUGGAAGCAAUGGCUUUAGUUCAGCGUUAUGGUAAACCAGACAUUUUUUUAACAAUGACGUGCAAUCCAAACUGGCAAGAAAUUUCAAAUGAAUUACGCCUGCAUGAGGAGAGUCAAAAUCGGCCUGAUUUGGUUGCUCGGGUCUUUCGUGCAAAAUUAGAAGAAUUAAAGGAUCGAUUAUUCAAGCAGCAGAUAUUUGGAAAAGUCUCGGCAUAUGUUUAUGUUAUUGAGCACCAAAAAAGAGGGCUUCCACAUGCGCAUUUUUUAAUUAUAUUACAGAGGAAUUGGAAACUCUAUACGCCUGAAUCUUUUGAUGAGAUCGUAUCGGCAGAAAUACCUGAUAAAAAUACAAAUUUGCACUUGCAUAAUGUUGUUAUAAAGCAUAUGAUGCAUGGACCAUGUGGAGUGUUGAAUCCAACAAAUCGUUCUGACAAUGGAAUAACUGUCAAACUGAGAGGCCAUAAUUUGGAUAACCGUUGGGUCGUUCCAUAUAAUCCAUAUUUGCUUGCAACAUUUGACUGUCACAUUAAUGUGGAGAUUUGUUCUACAAUAAAAGCAGUCAAAUAUCUUUAUAAGUACGUUUACAAAGGGCAUGAUCGUGUUGCUUUCAAUUUGGUUUCCGAACAAACCAAUCAACAAAUUGACGAAAUCCAACAAUUCCAAUCGGCCCGAUGGAUUGCUCCACCUGAAGCUAUGUGGAGAAUAUACGGCUUCAUUGUUAAUGAAAUGUACCCAUCAGUAUAUAGCUUACAUUUACAUCUUGAGGAUAAACACCAAGUAACUUUUCGAGCAAAUGAAGACUUAAUCAAUGUUCUCAACUCUGAUCGAUCUGCAAAAUCAAUGUUAACAGAAUUCUUUGCAUUAAACCAAGUAGAUGAAAAUGCCAGGACAUUGUUAUACAAAGAAUUUCCAGAAUUUUAUGUUUGGAGCCAACAAUACAAAGAGUGGACUCGUCGGAAAAAAAAAACUGUUAUAGGUCGAAUUAUUACAGCAAAUCCAUUUGAAGGUGAGAGGUAUUAUCUGCGGAUAUUGCUAAAUCAUGUAAGAGGACCUUUGUUGUUUGAAGAUCUUAGGACAGUUGAUGGUGUCGUGGCUCCAACAUUUCGUGAGGCAGCAACUAUGCAUGGUUUGCUGCAAAGAGACAGUAGCUUACAAGAUUGUUUACAUGAAGCAUCUCUAUAUCAAAUGCCAUCCAGUUUGAGACGACUAUUUGCAACUAUUUUGGUUUAUUGUAAUCCAACCAAUCCGAGAGAGCUUUGGGAACGUUUUGAGCAAGAUAUGUCAGUUGAUUUUAGGUCGACUGAAAAUUCUAUGUCGGAUGUAAGAAUGCAAGUUUUGCGCUCAAUCUCUUUUACACUUGAAUCAAUGGGGAAAGACAUUAAUUCGUUCCAUCUUCUUGAUGACAACAUUUGUUUUGGUGAAGACCAACUCGAAUCUAGGGAAAUCGAUGAUGAAUUGGCUGUUGAAAUUCCAGAAGAAGAUAUUGUUGCAUCAGAAGCCCUUAAUAGUAAACAACGACAUGUCUAUAAUUCAGUUUUGAGAAAGGUUUUUUCUAAUGAAGCUGCUACAUUCUUUGUCGACGGCCCUGCUGGGACGGGGAAGACAUUCCUGUACAAGGCACUUCUUGCCGCAGUAAGAUCAAGAAAAUUAGUCGCACUUGCAACUGCUUCAUCUGGUGUUGCUGCAUCCAUCCUUCCUGGAGGUCGAACAGCACACUCGCUCUUUAAGAUUCUACUAGAUACUGAUGAACAUAGCAUAUGUUGUGUCAGUAAACAAAGUGCCAUCGCAAAGUUACUACGUGUGGCAAGGUUAAUUAUAUGGGAUGAGGCCCCUAUGUCAAGAAAACAACAUAUUCAAGCAUUAGAUAAAAUGCUACGAGACAUUAAUGAUUUAGAGUUAACAUUCGGUGGAAAAGUUGUCGUUUUUGGUGGAGAUUUUCGCCAGGUUUUACCUGUGGUUCGUAAAGGAACAAGACAAGAACAUGUUGACGCCAGUUUGGUUUCUUCUUACUUGUGGCCUACAUUGAUCAAGUUUCAUUUGACUGAAAAUAUGCGAGCAAGAUUGGAUCCAGUCUUUUCAGAAUAUGUGUUAGAAUUAGGCCACGGAAUGCCACCAAUCACAGUUGAUGAAACUAUAAAAAUUCUUGAUGGCAUGCUUGUUCCUUACGAAGAUGACUCUAUGAUGAAUCGGGCCAUAUUAACACCAAAGAACAGUUAUGUUGAUGAAAUAAAUGCAUUGCUAAUUCAUAGAUUUCCUGGUGAGCUUAAGCGAUAUUAUAGCUUUGAUGAAGCAAUAGAUACAUCUGAACAGUCAAUUAUGGAAGAUUUUUUAAAUACUCUAACUCCAAAUGGACUUCCUCCUCAUGAAUUGUUACUGAGAAUAAACUGUCCUAUCAUGCUGUUUAGAAACAUUAAUCCUUCAGAAGGACUAUGCAACGGAACACGUCUAAUUUGUCAGGCUUUUGAUCAAAAUGUCAUUGAUGCAAAAAUCGCAGUUGGGCAUCACAGCGGAAAAAGGGUCUUUAUUCCAAGGAUCCCAUUCUUACCAAAUGUUGAUGAAAAUAGUGGCUUCCCAUUCAAACGAACUCAGUUCCCUAUCAGAUUAAGUUUUGCAAUGACUAUAAAUAAGUCACAAGGGCAAACAUUGGAUUUUGUUGGAAUAUAUUUACCUCAACCUGUUUUCUCACAUGCUUUAAAGAUGCGGACAGUUUAUACAUCGAUAAAAGAUAUCACUCCAAGUACAAGAGACUGGAAAAUCAAAAUGAUUGUGGCAGAAAAAUCACCCAAACGAACAGGCCAACGCUCACCAGUGAAGUACCAAAGCCUAACAUUGAUUGAUCCAGAGGGAAAUCAGCUGCAAGCUACAAUAUUUGAUAAAGAUAUUGACUCGCGACAAGAUACUUUGCACAUUUUCCAGUCAUAUUACAUCAGUAAUGCAUAUGUGAAGCCAUUGGAUCCGAAGUAUAGAAUUGAAACAUAUGAAUAUCAAUGGAUCUUGAAUGCUAAAACGAUAAUUGAAGAAGUUCCAAAGGAUGAAAGACAAUUGGAGCCACCAAAGUACCAACUCAUUCCAUUCAAUGAAUUAGAUGCCUACAAGAAUUCAAUUGCAGAAAUAGGAUUAUCUCUAUCAUCACGUCCGAAAAGUAAAUUUAUGAUCAAUCCUGUUAUUCUUGAGGCAACUUCAUUGCAAGAGUGGGCAGCGAUUAAUGAUUUAUUACUCAAGAGUAUUAUUGCAAAAAACUUGACACACCCAUCUGCAUCUCUAUCUUCUGUUGGCAUUCGGGAAAUAAUCAAGAAUUGUGAUUUUGCUGAAUUCAUCAAAAGUUUGCAACCCAUGGCGGUAAAAUCCUAUUCUUAG